ACCUUUUUGCCGCUUUGCACGACAAUUUGUAAACAAAUGAACUGCAAUUAGUUGGGAGAACUCACGAAAAUGGAAGAUACCAACGAUGAGAGUAGUUUAAUCGUAAUAAUAUUGGAUUCGAAUCCAAUGCAACGAAUAGUUCGAAGAAAUCCACAACAACUAACACAAUGCUUGGAUUCGAUAUGUGUUUUUGCCAAUGCACAUUUGAUGCAACGUGCUCAAAAUAGUAUUGCUGCUCUGGCGAGUGAUGCAACGAAAGUUGAAUUUCUGUAUCCGUCACAAAAUAGUCAAAUGAGAGAAAUCCGUCAGAUUGAUGGCCAAUAUGAAAAGUUCACACAAGUGGAAAAAACAAUAAAACUGAAUAUGGCGAGCAUGGUGAAGUCGAUCGAUCAAAAUUUGAUUGAACAAAAAGCCGAACCAAUGCUUGCCGGCAGCAUUGCCAUGGCACUGUGUUAUAUAGCCCGAUUGCAACGCGAAAAACCACCCGGCUGCAAAUUAAAUGCCCGCAUCUUAUUGUUAACCGGUAGUUUGGAGUGUGCAUCACAGUAUAUGACAUACAUGAAUGUAUUUUUCACAGCACAAAAGCAAAAUGUUGUACUUGAUGUUUGUGCACUUGACGAAUCGAUGACAUUGCUACAACAGGGAUGUGAUAUAACUGGGGGUCAAUAUUUGAAAUUACCACAAACAGAAGGAUUGCUACAGUAUUUACUGUGGAUUUUUUUACCAGAUCCAGCAACCAGAAGCAAAUUGGUCUUUCCACCAGCAACAAAAGUUGAUUAUCGAGCCGCCUGCUUUUGUCAUCGUGAACUCAUUGACAUUGGAUACGUUUGUUCGGUUUGUUUGUCAAUUUUCUGCAAAUUCAGUCCAAUCUGCACCACAUGCCACACCGUGUUCAAGACGCAGGCUCCAACAACUUCAAAAGUAAAAAAGAAGAAAACAAAAGCAUAGUGCUCUCUGUUAUUUUAUUCAACAUCGAAAAUUCAAACUUAUCCCUUCUAUUCUAUACAUGUAAAAAAAUAUCCUUCAUUAUUAAUUAAACGAAAAUACAUUCUGAAAGAAAAUUAA